UAAGAGCCAGUAACGUCACGCUUCCUCGUGGGUUCCGGUUAACGACAGCGAAAGUAGAGGAAUUUAUUCAAUCUUUACCCCAUGGCGACGGCAGCCGCCUCUCGUCUCUGCUUUCUCCACUCCCUCUCUCUCCCUAUCAUAAGAAGUCAACCCUUUCCCUCCCGUCGGAGGCUUUCGAGAGGAGGAGAUACCGAAGCCCCCGCCCCCCCCUCUCCCGUCAAGGUAUAAUGUGUUUGAGAAUGAGGUUCAUGCUUCUUCUUAUGCUGGUCAUCAGCUGUACCUGUGCAAAUGCUAGAAAUUUGGUAACCUUGGAUAUCAUGGUUAUGCCAAUGGAUUACAAGACACAAAGUGAAAAUAGAAUGUCUGAAUCAAUUGCAAGGAAAGAGGAAUCGUGCACACUAUGUGAAGAGUUUACUUCCCAGGCUAUAUAUUAUCUUGGCGAGAAUGAGACCCAAAUUGAGAUUGUCAAUACCCUUCACCAAGCAUGUUCUCGGCUUCAUUCUUUUGAGAAGCAGUGUGUUUUAUUAGUAGACUAUUAUGCACCUCUUUUCUUCAUGGAAAUUGCUACAAUACGCCCAGAGCAAUUUUGUGAAAAGGUGAAUCUCUGUGAGAAGAUAGUAUUGGUUCCUCUACCAAAGCAUGAUGAUGCCUGUACAAUCUGCCAUCAUGCUGUCGUGGAAAUUAUUACCAAACUGAAAGACCCUGACACAGAGCUUGAGAUAAUUGAGAUGCUUUUGAAAGGAUGCAAUAAGGUGGAGAAUUUUGUGCAACAGUGCAAGAGGUUGGUCUUCCAAUACGGUCCACUGAUAAUGGCAAACCUUGUUAAGUUUCUUGAGACAACAGAUGUCUGUACUUCAAUACAUGCAUGCAAAGCUAGUCGGGAAGUGGUGGUUCGGUCAGAAUUCCUCGCUGUUGCUUAAAGCUAUGAAAGAAUAGUUUUACCCCAAAGGAGGCAGAACAAAUAUGAAUGUAUAAAAGAUCUGGGGAGUGGGAAAAGUAGUUGCUAUGGAGGAAUCUUUUUCCCUCAAUUGUUGUCAAGCUUGUAAUCUUAAAGUUCACGUCUGUAUUUUGCCAUGGUUGUAAAUUGCCUCGUCCAUUGGAUUGUAUUCUUGUCCUUUAGAUCCCCACAGUGUACGAUAUCUUUUGUCUACUAGAUUGCAGUUUCUUCAACCUGUAAGUAUCUUUGUUUCUUGA